UACAUAUAGACAAAUCGGCUGUAUUACUAAUUCUUUACCUGCCUUAUAUGGAACAUUUCACAGAACUAGUUUAGAUUCAAGUUGGUCAGAUUUCUCAGAAGGAACAAUACAUUGCUAUAUAACCCGUGGUGGGACCAUGCAGAUUCAGACUCAACCAGAGCUACUGACAGGAGAGACGAAGGUCAGAAAAACUGCACACACGACAGCACGACAGGAUUACAGCUUCCAGCGGAAAGUAGAAAUAAAGAAAAGGAUAACAUAAAGGAAAUAUAAUACCAGAAAGCAUGUCUACAUUUGAAGAAGAUAUCGCAGCUGUUGUCAUUGACAACGGAAGUGGAAUGUGUAAGGCGGGAUUUGCCGGAGAUGAUGCGCCACGUGCAGUUUUCCCAGCCAUUACCGGACGACCACGUUAUGAUGUGGUCAUGGCCGGCAUGGGAGCUAAAGAAUGCUAUGUCGGAGACGAGGCUCAGAACAAACGAGGGAUUCUGUCUCUAAAGUACCCGGUAGAACAUGGCAUCGUCACCAACUGGGACGACAUGGAGAAGAUCUGGCACCACACAUUCUACAACGAGCUCCGUGUGGCUCCCGAGGAUCAUCCGGUCAUGCUGACAGAGGCGCCACUUAAUCCUAAGGCCAACAGGGAAAAAAUGAUACAGAUUAUGUUCGAGACGUUUAACACACCAGCCUUUUACGUGGCGAUACAAGCUGUGCUGUCUCUGUACGCAUCCGGUCGUACCACAGGGGUCGUGUUUGAUGCCGGGGAUGGUGUGUCCCACGUGGUACCUAUCUACGAGGGUUACGCCCUUCCUCACGCCAUCAAACGAGUGGAUUUGGCAGGUCGUGACCUCACAGCUUACCUCCAGAGGAUCCUCCACGAAAGAGGAUACAACUUCACGACUUCAUCUGAAAUGGAGAUAGUCCGUGAUAUGAAAGAGAAGAUGUCCUACGUUGCUCUGGACUUUGAAAGCGAAAUGACAUCAUCAUCAAAGUCUUCAACAGUUGAGAAGUCGUACGAGCUGCCGGACGGCGGACUUGUCACCAUUGGCAACGAGAGAUUCCGGUGUCCAGAGGUUCUCUUCCAGCCAUCAUUUAUAGGAAUGGAAUCCCUCGGAGUGCAUGAGCAACUACACAAUUCAGUCAUGGGUUGUGAUAUUGACACCGCCUUCUACGUGGCGAUACAAGCUGUGCUGUCUCUGUACGCCUCCGGGCGUACCACAGGGGUCGUGUUUGAUGCCGGGGAUGGUGUGUCCCACGUGGUACCUAUCUACGAGGGAUAUGCCCUUCCUCACGCCAUCAAACGAGUGGAUCUGGCAGGUCGUGACCUCACAGCCUACCUCCAGAGGAUCCUCCGCGAGAGAGGAUACAACUUCACGACUUCAUCUGAAAUGGAGAUAGUCCGUGAUAUGAAAGAGAAGAUGUCCUACGUUGCUCUGGACUUUGAAAGCGAAAUGACAUCAUCAUCAAAGUCUUCAACAGUUGAGAAGUCGUACGAGCUUCCGGACGGUGGACUUGUCACUAUUGGCAACGAGAGGUUCCGAUGUCCAGAGGUUCUCUUCCAGCCAUCAUUUAUCGGAAUGGAAUCAAACGGAGUGCAUGAGCAACUACACAACUCAGUCAUGGGUUGUGAUAUUGACAUCCGACGAGAUCUCUACAGCAAUGUCGUCAUGUCCGGCGGAAGUACUAUGUUUCAUGGUAUGGCUGACCGAUUCAAGAAAGAGCUGGAUUGUAUUGUACCAAACAAUGUAAAGGUCAAGGUCAUCGCCCCUCCGGAGAGGAAGUAUUCCGUGUGGAUCGGCGGGUCUAUCCUGGGUUCUCUGUCUACAUUUCAGCAGAUGUGGGUAUCAAAACAAGAAUACGAUGAAUGUGGGCCAGGAAUCGUACAUAGGAAGUGUUUCUAGAUCAUAACUACGUUAUUUCACAUCCUUCAUACACUAAAAAGCAACUGUGAUUAUUUAUUUGGUCGAAUUACUGCAAAUGGGAUUGAAAUGAUGGCCAAAGUGAAAACUCAGGCAGGUAUGUGUUAUUCGACUUGUUGGAUGUAUCAUUUACAUCCAGUAAGAUUAAAUGUUUGCAAUGGUGAUAUAACAUCAUGUUUUUGUACCAGAACGAGAUUGCAUUCAAACAAAUAGUGAUAAUGAAAUCUGGACCAUACCAUAUACGGACAAUUCAGCAUUUCGCAAAUUUAAGUUGUAUUUGGUACUGUCCGACCAAUGUCUCCCCUUUGUAAUUCAUUGACAUGUAGUGUUAUAUUGUACACUAAUAUGUAGCAUUUAGGUAGAAUACUCUCGAAGUAUGUAUGUUUCGUGUUGCGUGUUAGAUUAAGAGUAUAUGUAUGGUUACCGGUAUGGAUGAUUAGAAAGUAAACCCGCAUAAUCUAGGAAUUGUACAAAUGUAAAAAAAAAAAAAAAAAUGCACUUCAAUAAUACAAAAUAUGCUAUCAAUGCGUGAAAGUAUGACUCUAUUCAUGAAGCAUGUUUGUGUUGAUAUGAAUUGAUGGAGUAAAAAGAUAUACAUAUACUGUAUAUUCAUGGCAUUAAUAUUUGUUGUAUAAAUAUCGUAUGUAGUUUUGUAUGAACUCGUGGUGUUUAUAUAUAUUUAUAGUGUAAAUAUAAGUACAAAUAUUUGUAGAUGUCUGAUCAAAUGGCAAUGUGUUCACUGAUACAGUGUGAUAUUAUCAUGUCGAUAUGUAUAAAGUCGUAUAUUUAAUAUAUGUAUUUUUUGAAGUUUGUUUUGAUAUUUUGUUGAUAAUAAAGUUACUGAAAACUA